CUUUUGAAGACCCUGAUAGUGCUGUUGAUGACCGAGAUAGUGAUUAUCGCAGUGAGACCAGCAAUAGCAUCCCACCUCCUUACCAUACGACUUCCCAGCCCAACGCCUCUGUACACCAGUUCCCUGUGCCAGUGCGAUUGCCACAACAGCUGCUACUUCAGGGCAGUUCCCGGGACUCUUGCACUGACUCUAUGCAAAGUUAUGACCUUGAUUAUCCAGAGCGGCAGGCCUUCAGCCCCAACAGCAGCAGUAGGUAUGGCUCCUCCUGUAAUGUGAGUCAAGGAAGCUCUCAGCUGAGUGAACUAGAACAGUAUCAUGAACAAGAUGAUGACCAUCGGGAGAGGGACUCGAUUCAUUCCUGCCACAGCUCUGGCAGCGUCUCUAGAGAUGGCCAAGCAGGUUUUGGAGAACAAGAGAAAGCUUUUGAAAUGACAGGUGAAGCAGAAAAGAGGAGAGCAUGUGAACCCAAGGAGAUGAAAAAAGAUGCUGCAAACCAUCCUCCCUCAGAUCUGGUGCUACACAAAGACCACGUACUAGGCCCCCGGGAGAGUUUUCCUGAGGAGAAACCCUCUUCACCAUUUACUCAAGCCAGAGUGCACUGGAUCCGAGCAGUUACCAAGGUUCGACUCCAGCUGCAGGAGCUGGCUGGUACAAGGAUCAAACCCU